AUGGCGGGUUCUAUUAACAAACCAAAGAAACCCAAGUCGAAGCGUGGUACCAGCCGCCUUCGCCACAAGAUUGAGAAGAAAUCCGCAAGCAAGCAACGGAAGCUGCGAAAGCUCGGAAAGCAGAAUCCAGAAUGGCGCUCCAAAUUGAAGAAGGACCCCGGCAUCCCGAAUCUGUUUCCGCUCAAGGGGAAGAUGCUUGAGGAAGUCGAGGAGAAGCGGAUGAGGCGAGCCGCCGAGGCAGAGAGAAAGAAGGAGAUGAUCAAGGCCGCCAGGACCGAUGCUCCGCAAGGGGCCGAGGACGCCAUGGAUGACGAGGAUGUGGGCGGUGAUGAGAGUGAGGACGUGGAGGAUGAGGAAGAUGACGAGAUGGACGAUGACGACGCGGAUGAGUCGAACCCGAUGGCCGCCUUAAUUGCGAGCGCCAGAGCAGCAGCGGCAAAGUACGACAGAGAACUGGCCGACAGUGACGCCAUGGACGAAGACGACAGCGACGGAUCGGAUGACGGUCACGUGGACGAGGUCUCGGUCGGUCAGGCUUCCUCGAGAAAGACAUACGACAAGGUUUUCAAGCAAGUCGUCGAGCAGGCCGAUGUAGUCCUCUACGUCUUGGACGCACGCGACCCCGAAGGAACCCGCUCGCGUGAAGUCGAGCGUAGCAUCAUGGCAGCCGCCGCCGGUGGCAAGCGACUCAUCCUGGUCCUCAACAAGGUCGAUCUGAUCCCUCCCAAGGUCCUGCGCGAUUGGCUCAUCUACCUGCGGCGCUACUUCCCGACCCUGCCUCUGCGUGCCUCUGGCGCCGCUCCCAACGCACACACCUUCAAUCACCGGGACCUGACGCAGCAGAGCACGUCGGCGACGCUAUUCAAGGCGCUCAAGAGCUUCGCCGCCAGUCGCCAGCUGAAGCGAGCGGUGAGCGUCGGCGUCAUUGGCUAUCCUAACGUCGGCAAGUCCUCCGUCAUCAACGCGCUUCUCGGGAGGCUCAGCGGGAAGGGUGGGGGCUCCUCCAAGGCGUGCCCUGCUGGUGCCGAGGCUGGUGUCACAAAGAGCAUCCGGGCCGUCAAGAUUGACAGCAAGCUCACACUUCUCGACUCCCCCGGUGUCGUCUUCCCUUCGUCGUCCUCCAUCCAGUCUGGUGGUCUCGUUUCCCUCAAGAACGCAACCGAGGCACACGCCCACCUCGUCCUCUUGAACGCCGUCCCACCCAAGCAGAUCGACGAUCCCAUUCCGGCCGUCAGCCUCCUGAUACGCCGCCUAUCCACCACCCCCGAGCUCCUCCAGAAACUGACCGACGUCUAUGACAUUCCCGCCCUACUCCCCAGCGGCGCCGGUGGGGACAUCACCACCGACUUCCUUGUCCAGGUUGCUCGCAAGCGUGGCCGCCUCGGGCGCGGUGGUGUCCCGAACCUUGGCGCCGCCGCCAUGACCAUCGUAACUGACUGGCGCGACGGGCGUAUCCAGGGCUGGGUUGAGCCGCCCGUCCUGGCCGUCGCCUCUGCGGGCACUGCCCCCACCAAGGCCAGCAGGAAUGUUGGCGAGGAGGCUGUCAUGCCUGAUCAGAAAGAGAUUGUUACGGAGUGGGCUGCUGAGUUCAAGCUCGAGGGACUUUGGGGAGACGAUGGGGAUAUCGACAAUGUUGACGCCAUGGAGCAAUGA